AUGGAGGUCCGAGCGGCAGCGCGGGGCCGAGAAGCCGCCGGGCGGGUCGCGCUGUUGGCCGUGCUGCUGCCGCUGUGCUGCCGGGCGGCGCCGGAGCGGCUCCGCUACGCGAUCCCCGAAGAGUUGGGCAGGGGUUCACUGGUGGGAUCGCUGGCGCGGGACCUGGGGCUGAGCCCGGCCGAACUGCCGGCGCGUCAGCUGCGGAUUGUCUCCGGUGAUGAAAAGCGAUACUUCGUUCUUGAGGAAGAGAGUGGAAACCUGCGGGUAAACGAGAGGAUAGAUCGGGAGGGCAUCUGCGGGGACGUGACGCCUUGUGUCUUUGGUUUGGAAACUGUCGUGGAAAACCCUUUCAAUAUAUAUCACGUGAGCAUUACUAUCCAGGAUAUCAAUGACAACGCGCCGCGCUUUGACAAAGAAGUUGUUGCUAUAGAAAUGAUCGAGUCCACUCCCCCCGGGACGAGGUUCCCUCUGGGCAGCGGCAGAGACCCCGACAUUGGGGUGAAUUCGUUACAAAACUACCAACUUACCCCCAAUCCGCUCUUCUCCCUUGUAGUGAAGGAGAGUUCUGACGGGAGGAAACACGUGGAAUUGCUAUUGGAGAAAAACUUAGAUCGUGAAAAACAGAAAAGCCAUAAUUUGAUACUGACGGCAGUGGAUGGUGGGGAUCCAGUCCGAUCUGGAACCGCACAGAUUAAAGUUGUUGUGACAGAUGCAAAUGAUAAUGCACCAGUGUUCGACAAAGAGAUUUACAAGGUUCGAGUGCCAGAAAACCUUCCAGAAGGCUCCUUAGCUUUUCAGGUGAAAGCUACUGAUGGCGAUGAGGGUACAAACGCAGAAAUCACCUAUUCCUUCAAUGACAUCGCAAGCAGCGCUCACCAACUCUUCAGUCUGGACCCCAAGACAGGUGAUGUGAAGAUUAUCGGUCCCCUAGAUUAUGAAGAUGUGAAAUAUUAUGAAGUAACUGUUGAAGGCAAGGACGGAGGUGGGCUGAGUGCACACACCAAAGUGCACAUAGAAGUUAUAGACGUGAACGACAAUGCUCCAAGCCUUACCCUCCUGCCUAUUUUGAACCCGGUACCCGAGGAUUCAGUCCCGAGCACAGUCGUGGCCGUUAUUAACGUUCGUGACAGGGACAGCGGAGUAAACGGAGAAGUGACCUGUAAUCUUGACGGUGACUUGCCUUUCAAACUAGAAGCGUCAUCAGAGAGUACCUACAAACUUGUAAUUGAAAAUAGCCUGGACAGGGAGGAAGUUUCUGCUUACAACAUCACAAUCAUCGCCACGGACGGGGGCAGCCCGGCGCUGUCGAGCC